AUGGAUCAAAUUUACAAAGGCCCCAACUUUGCCCUAAUGUUUUAUGAUCAACAUGUGAAUCAUAGCCUGAGACAGUUAUACUGGCUCAAUUUCAAUUGGCAAACAGAUCACUAUGGAGAGAAAGAUGAAGGGGCAAUUGCCUUGGCAUUGGAAAGCCGCAAAGAAGAGCUGAAGCUGAAAGGGCUAGAUCAUGCAAGCAAAAAAUCCCUACAGAACAUGUGUGGUUUUUUUGAAAACCUAAAACAAGAUAUUAGAGCCAUCCAGAGUCCACAUGAUCCCUUGCUGCUGGCUGUGAAGAGACUUGAGAAGACUCUAUCUACUCAAGUUGACAAGGCAACUAUACUUCAUUCUUGGUUCAACCACUGUCUCAAGGACUGUCUGAGAUUCCAUUGCAGGUUCACCCAAAAUACAGAGGGCAGUGGAUACAGAAGUUGA